CCGGAUGGGAUAAGAGUAGGGUAGACAUGGUGUGACGGACUGAUCGUGGUGCUGCCUUGCAUGGAGAGUUUCUACUUACUCUCAUAUAUAUAUUCCUCUGCUGAUAAUCUCCUGCACUCGUUUGCCUGUCCGCGAUCAGUGGACGAGUGUCUACCAGCAUUAUACAAAGCUGAAAUCUUGAAUGGCAAAUUGGUGACAAUGAGUUUUUUUCUGCCUAAGUUAAGCAACAAAAAGGAUGUAGACCAAGCAAUAAAAUUAACAGCUGAGAAGGUCUUGGUUCUCAGAUUUGGAAGAGAUGACGAUGCUGUCUGUCUGCAGCUUGAUGACAUACUUUCAAAGACAUCCCAUGACUUAAGCAAAAUGGCAACAAUCUACCUUGUAGAUGUGGAUAAGGUGUCGGUCUACACACAGUAUUUUGACAUCAGCUAUAUUCCUUCCACUGUUUUUUUCUUUAAUGGACAACAUAUGAAAGUGGAUUAUGGAUCUCCAGAUCACACAAAAUUUGUUGGAAGUUUCAAGACAAAGCAGGAUUUUAUUGAUCUUAUAGAAGUAAUCUACAGAGGAGCAAUGCGUGGGAAACUCAUAGUACGAAGUCCAAUAGAUCCCAGGAAUAUUCCUAAAUAUGAUCUGCUGUAUCAAGGGGUUUAGGACUCAGAUUGGGCAACAAAACGCACUACAUCUUGCCUUUAGAGAGAUGAAUGAUGCUUGGUUUUCCACCCAGACUUCUAUCAUUUGCAGGUUCACAGCUGUUGCUUGGAAAGCGCUCAUCUAAACAAUUACAUUUUUGUAAAUAAAGUAACUUAUAGAUAUAUUGGCUAUGUAAUGUCCAUCUGGUUUUUAUUUGAAUAUACAUUUAGGCUCUGGAGCAGUGACUGGGCAACUGACUGUGGCAGGACCAUAAACAAUGCAAUAGCACUUAGUCUGAAUUUCAAAUGAGAAGCAGAUUUUUUUUUCUGUUAAAUUUCAAUGUUAUGACUAUUUCCACUCCCCUCGUAUCAUGUGACAGCCAUCAGCCAAUCACAAAUGUAUAUAAGUAUAUUCUGUGAAUUCUUGCUCAAGCUCAGUAGGAGCCAGUGAGUUAAACAUUUUGUUAAAGUUUUAAUUUUGACUUGAGUGUCCCUUUAAGUAUAUACAAGGGAAUACGAAAUUAAGUGUAGUUCCACAUUAUUACAUUUUAUAAGUUUGCUAUAAUGUAUUGUUUUAUGCUGAUAAUUCUUCAUUUACUUUGUUCAUCAGGAAUGAUUCUGUUUGUUUCAAGUUGUUACCAAAAAAAAAUCUUUGAAGGAUGACUAAGAUCAUUCAUUAAAAAAUAUUUGUUACUCUUUGAAUAAAUGAGAUUAAUAAAAAAUAAAUGACUUGA